GACACGACGCAGUUCUGAGAACGGGGCUUUAGAAUAAGUCAUAAAUAAAAGUUAUAUGGUCAUAACCAGGUCAUAACCAAUGUCAUCUGUCAUAAAACUGUGGUCAUAACCGUCAUAACCUUAGGAUCCCAUUUUAAUGCCCGUAAAAGAUCCCUGUAAACAGUUUGCUUGUAGAAUACAAACGUGUCUGAAAGAAAACAAAUUUCAAGAACCCUCUUGUCAACAUGCGAUAGAAGAGAUGCGUGAAUGUUGUAGAAAGUGGAAAGAGAAAAGUUACGUUUGUGGAGGUAUUGAUACAAGUCGCAAAAAUACAGAGAAAUGAAUCAACAAACCACUAUAAAGAAAAAGGGUUUAUUCCUUAGUUUAUUAUAUAAAUAUCCUAGAACAGUUGUUGCUACCAUUCUAUGUACAAGCCUAACAAUUUUUUUCUCCAAACCUGUAUACGAUAUCUUUUCUUCUGAGCCAAUCGAUCUUAGUGAAAUACCACAAAAGUAUAAGUCGAAACUUAGCCAUAAAGAUUAAAUAUGGAUUCUGUAUCGAAGGCAAGACAGCGGUUUAGACAUUAUCCCGUAAUAUUUGGAAAGUGCGGUAAAGAAGCUAGUUCGUAUGCCACUUGUGUUUUAAAGCAGGAUAAUUUGACUAUAAACAAUUGUGUACAGGAAUUUGAAAGCUUUAAGAAUUGUUUGCAAAAAGUUGCUUUAACGCUAAAAACAAGAAUUUAGUUAUGUUAUUGUUAGAUCGCUUUAUAGAUUUAGAUGUAAUUACCCAUUUUAUUUUUGCCAGUUUAAUUCGAGCUAUUUUAAUUGUUUACGGAAUAUGGCACGAUAAAUAUUCAGACGUUCCAUACACUGAUAUAGAUUACAAGGUGUUUACUGAUGCUUCGAGAUACAUUAUUGAUGGAAAAUCGCCUUAUGAUAGACAUACUUUCCGUUAUUCACCUUUAAUUAGCUUCCUCUUAAUCCCGAAUGUAGUUAUUCAUGAAAUUUUUGGUAAAAUAUUUUUUUGUAUAUUUGAUCUUGUAGUAGCUUAUUUAAUCCGAUGUUUGGUAUAUAUUAAUAUUUCACAUUGGUUAAAAUACUACUCUAAAGAUGAUGUUAAAAUCAAUUUACAAAAAGAACAGAACUUAUGGGCUCAGAGGGCAAUGUUGUUGUGGCUGUAUAAUCCAAUGGUUGUUACCAUCUCUACUCGUGGUAAUUCUGAUUCACUGGCAUGUGGUUUAGUUAUACUAACUCUAUAUGUUUUACAAGCAAAACGUAGCUAUUUUUGUGCAGGCUUGUUACAUGGUUUAUCAAUACAUUUUCGUAUAUAUCCUAUCAUUUAUACUAUGUCAUUUUUACUGUAUCUCAGUAACUUUAGUUAUUAUCUCGAUUGUGACAAAAAUGUGGUAGAUUUAACGCUUAGACAAAAAAGGGAAACUAGAAAAUCUAUUCAGAGAAUUUCAUUUCUUGGUCAGAAAUUAUUUUUAUAUUUAAUUCCAAAUUCACAUCAAAUAAUCUUUGUUCUUGGAAUGUUAAUGAGCUGGUCAGUUUUAACUCUAACGUUUUAUUUCUUUUAUGAAUUUAGGUUUCUGUAUGAAUCCAUUCUGUAUCAUUUUGUUAGAACUGACUUUAAACAUAACUUUUCAUUAUAUUUUUAUGCUCAGUACCUCUCAGCUUGGAUGAAAUUUGAUAUUUGGUCUGUUGUUUUUUGGCAUGCAAUAUUAAAAAAUUUACCUCCCUUAAUAAUACUGUUAUAUCUUUCGGUUUAUUUUGGUUUGAACCAAUAUACUUUAAACUUCACCAUACUUUGCCAAACGAUAGUUUUCGUUAUUUAUAACAAAGUUUUAACUUCUCAAUAUUUUGUUUGGAUUAUGGGAAUUGUGCCGUUAUGUAUAUGGCAAUUGAAAUUUUCAGUGAAAAGUAUUUCGCUGUUGGUUUUAAUUUGGAUAUUAGCACAAGGUACUUGGCUUUUGCCAGCUUACCUUUUAGAAUUUGAAGGGAAAAAUACUUUUAUAUACAUUUGGGUGCAGAGUAUAUCAUUAUUUUGUACUCAUGUGAUUAUAUUAGGUCACCUUCUACAAAAUUUCAUACUGAAAAUGCAGAUAAAUAAAAAGACUCAAUAGUAUGUAGCAAUCACUAAAUAAUUUCAUUUUUUAAAUGUUUAUUUCAAAUUAGUAAUGCGGCUGUAACAAGGCUUCGCCAUACUUCAAACCGUAGAAUAACAGUGUAAUAGUCUGAUUAAGUAGAAAAUGAGUAAUUUCUUAUCUUUUACAUAUGAACAUAUUCUGUAUUGUAAAUUUGAUAAGGCAUUCUUAGGGUGCUAAAUAAAGUAGAUAUUAUAUUUUA